UUUGCUCACCAAACUGUCUCUGCCCCCCCCAAGAAAAAUCUGAAAUGACGCCCCUGGUUGCAGUGCGUCAGGCGUGUUACAGUGUGUCAGGUGUAUUGUAGGGGUCAGGUGUGUAGCAAUGUGUUAUGUGUGUUGCAGUGUCAGGUAUAUCGUAGGGGUCAGGUGUGUUGCAGGGGUCAGGUGUGUUGCAGUGUGUCAUGUGUGUUACAGUGUCAGGUGUAUUGUAGGGGUCAGGUGUGUUGCAGUGUGUCAGGUGUAUUGUGGGGGUCAGGUGUAUUGUAGGGGUCAGGUUUUUUUUUUUUUUUUUUUUUUUUUUACGUUGUUGCCUAUUGCGCCGGUAGGCAUCUUCCCGGUGGGGCCUGAUGGUCGGCCCAAGGCUUCUUCCAGGUGGGGCCUGAUGGUCGGCCCAGCCCGUUCUGGCGCAGGCGAGUGUUUAUAGUGGCGCCAUCUUGCAUUGGCUCAUGCUGCCCCCCGGAACUCGUACUUGAUUCGCUUGGACGGCUUCCUCUAGAGUCCGGGUUGAUGGGUGGUCUUCAGGACAGCAUGUGGGUAGUUUUAAGCCACUCGGCGGUGACCGAAAAAUCCGAAUGGUAGCGUGAGGAUUCGAACCCGCGUCGUCCAUCACGCGGCGAAUGUGGGUCCAGUACGCUAUCACUUCGGCCACCGCCUACCCUGCAGUGUGUCAGGUGUGUUACAGUGUGUCAGGUGUGUUGCAGUGUGUCAGGUGUAUUGUAGGGGUCAGGUGUGUUGCAGUGUGUCAGGUGUGUUGCAGUGUGUUAUGUGUGUUGCAGUGUGUCAUGUGUGUUGCAGUGUGUCAUGUGUGUUGCAGUGUCAGGUGUGUUGCAGUGUGUCAGGUGUGUUGCAGUGUCAGGUGUGUCAGGUGUGUUGCAGUGUGCCUUGUGUGUUGCAGUGUGUCAUGUGUGUUGCAGUGUGUCGUGUGUUGUAGUGUGUCAUGUGUGUUGCUGUGUGUCGUGUGUUGCAGUGUGUCAUGUGUGUUGCAGGUGUCAGGUGUAUUGCAGUGUGUCAGGUGUGUUGCAGUGUGUCAGGUGUGUUGCAGGGGUCAGGUGUGUUGCAGUGCGUCAUAUGUAUUGCAGUGUGUCAUGUGUGUUGCAGUGUGUCGUGUGUUGCAGUGUGUCGUGUGUGUUGCAGUGUGUUGCAGUGUCAUGUGUGUUGCAGUGUGUCGUGUGUUGCAGUGUGUCAUGUGUGUUGCAGUGUGUUGCAGUGUCAUGUGUGUUGCAGUGUGUCGUGUGUUGCAGUGUGUCAGGUGUGUUGCAGUGUGUCAUGUGUAUUGCAGGGGUCAGGUGUGUUGCAGUGUGUCAUGUGUAUUGCAGUGUGUCAUGUGUGUUGCAGUGUGUCAGGUGUGUUGUAGUGUGUCAUGUGUAUUGCAGUGUGUCAUGUGUGUUGCAGGGGUCAUGUGUGUUGCAGUGUGUCAGGUGUGUUGCAGUGUGUCAUGUGUGUUGCAGUGUGUCAUGUGUGUUGCAGUGUGUCAGGUAUGUUGCAGUGUCAGGUGUGUUGCAGGGGUCAGGUGUGUUGCAGGAGUCAGGUGUGUUGCAGUGUGUCAGGUGUGUUGCAAUGUGUCAGGUGUGUUGCAAGGUGUCAAGUGUAUUGCAUUGUUUCAGGUAUGUUUAAGGGUGCCGGGUGUGUUGCAAUGUAUCAGGUGUGUUGCACAGGUGUUGCAAUGUCAUGUGUGUUGCAGGGUGUCAGGUGUGCCGCUCUGCUCUUUUGGCAGCAAUAUGGCGCUUGAGAUGAAGUUUGUCAAACUCUCACCAUUACCAUCAUCACCCUCACCAUCCUUCUCUGUGGCUUUGUUUGUGGAAGUCAUUCGGAAUAUCAGCGUCAUUCCUCGUCAAAGUAAGCAAAUCAGUGAUGAGCCGAAACUAUUAAUUCUACUGGUACUGCUGCUGCACAUAUGUUUAUUGAAGUCAUUCAGUAUAUAAACCUCGUCAUACUAGCAAAUGAGAAAUGAUCCGAAGGUACUUAAUACUAGUGCCACAAAAAUGUUUGUGAAAAUCAUUCGGAAUAUCAGCUUUAUAAUUUUCAGAGUAAGUAAAUUAUCAACGAGCCGAAGUUACUUGUAGUACUAUUGAUACAACUCAAAUGUUUGUGGAAGUCACUCUUAGUAUCAGCGUUAUUCCUCGUCAAAGUAAUUUAGCAAAUCAGUAAUGAGCCGAAACUACUUGUACUCUUGUUACACUACAUGUGUUUAUGGACGUCAUUCAGUAUAUGAACUAUAUUCCUCGUCAUAGUCAGCAAAUUAUUAAUGAGUCGAAAAUACUUGCACUAGAGUCACAACACGCAUGUAUAUGAGUCACUCUGAAUAUCAGCGUUAUUCCUCGUCACAGUAACCAAAUGAGCAAUGAGCCGAAAAUACAUGUACAUGUUUUACAAUACAAUUUUUUGUGGUGUCAUUCGGGUGUAUUCC